AUGAUGAGCUUCGACGGCGGCACGGCCUACGCCGAGUCCGACGCUGAUGACGAGUACGAGCGAAGCAUGGGCGACCAUUCUCCUGUUGGCGAUUCUGAGGCCUCACCCAUCGACUCCGAGCUAUCGACUUCCGCAGAACACACACCCACCACCUACGGACAUCGCAGCAGUGCUGAUCGAUUGCCCGAAACUAUAAUCACCGAAUGGAAUGCAGACGAGUGUGCCGACUUCAUCUCCACCAUUGGCCUGCCACAGUAUGCCGAUGCCUUUGUCGCUGCCGAUGCCGAAGCCCAAUAUGCUACCGCCACCCUGAAAGACAUCAAGCAUCUUGUCGAACAGCUGCGAUUACGGGACGAACGAAUGAACCUGCUAGAACAAGACCUGCGGCGAAUGACGGACGAUUUUAGACGACUCAGGGAAGAUAUGCUCCCCGCUCUCCGCCUUGUCAAAGACCAGCAAACGCCUCUGCCAAACCUCAGCGGUGGCUCUUCAGGCCAAGCCUUUACCUACGAAGCCACGAUAUCGCCUCCUGCUCCCACGCCGCCACCGGGCUCUGGUCCUGGAGGAGUCAAAAGACAAUACUCGCAACGCAAGAUCCUCAUCGGCGCAACCCCUAAAAAUGCUUCACCAACCCAAGUGGCACAUGAUAGGACAAUUGCUGAACAAACGCUGGAUCCAUCCAGCGCCGCCGAGAGAGCCGUCAUGUCAUCUUCACACCUCGCUGCUAUGAACGGAUCUGGCCAGACAUCAUCGGCUCACCCGUCGCCCAACAUGCCGUCUCCAACCUCACCACAAAACUACCCUAGCGGAACUACAUUAGCAUCCCGCUCAUAUCGCGGUGAUUCGUCGGUACCAUCAAAUCGAUCUACGAUCAAUGAUUCAGAUCAUGGCAUGUACAUGUCAAGAGAUAAAGGUGGCAUGCCCCCCGGACCUCCUCGACGUCGCGAAACGCCAGUUCCUGAUACCCCGACACCAAAUUCGAAUGGGUCUUCUGUGGAAAUAUUCAAGUCUUUCCGUGUCAGCAUGGAUGAUCCGUGCUACAAGGUUCUUCCCGCAGCGCUCAAGAAGUACCAGAUCAAUGCUCCAUGGGACCAAUACGCCUUGUAUAUUGUCUACGGUGACCAAGAGCGGUGCCUUGGCAUGGAUGAGAAACCCCUCAUCCUAUUCAAGCAACUUGACAAAGAAGGCAAGAAGCCAAUGUUUAUGCUACGGAAAACAACCAAUGCCCAGGUCGAUAACGAGCCUGGCAGCGCUGGCAUAGCCAAUGCCGCAAGAGGGGCGUCGACGGGGUAUGAUCCACCUGGAGGUAUUAUAUGA